AUUGAUCCAAAUCUUGCUGACCUCUGACCUGUGGAGUGGGAGACGACCGGGAGUUUUCUCGCGCACAGGUGGCGUCAGGGAUCAACACACAGAUGCACCUUGUCUACCGGCUUACCUGGCCGUAACUCUCACCUGACAGGUACACAGACGGACACACCAUGUCACUCCGAACCCUCCCGCUCCUCUUCAUCAACCUGGGCGGGGAAAUGAUGUACAUUUUGGACCAAAGACUGCGGGCCCAGAACAUUCCACCGGACAAAGCCAAGAAAGUUCUUCACGACAUUGUCGGGACCAUGUUCAACCGGCGCUUCAUGGACGAACUCUUCAAACCGCAGGAGGCAUAUUCCAAGAAGGCGAUGCGGACGGUGUUUGACAGACUUGCUCAUGCGUCCAUUAUGAGGCUUAACUCGGCCAGCAUGGAUAAGUUGUACGACUUGAUGACCAUGGCCUUCAAGUACCAAGUGUCGCUGUGCCUGCGACCUUCGGACAUCAUGCUGGUGACCUUGAACCACAUGGAUGCCCUGAGAACCUUUGUUGAGGAGGCGCCGGCCAUCAAGGCACAAGUGGACAAUGUCUUCAGACUACUUAUCACUAAUUACAGUGAGCUGUCUCAAGGGGAAUUCCACCUGAUUCGUCAGACCCUGUUGGGAUUUUUCCAGGACAUGCAUAUCAGGGUGUCCAUUUUCCUGAAGGACAAGGUACAGAAUACCAACGGGCGCUUUGUCCUGCCCUGCAGCGGACCACUUCCUUUCGGCGCUGAAAUUCCUGGCACAAUAAGAUUGUACAAUGCAGACGGAAACAUGAGCAAAAGUGUGAACUUCCCCAGUGGAGGGACAUACAGCGGGCCUGUGAAGGAGGGCUCCACAGAAAUAAGGGGAGAUAGAGUCACGAAACUAGGAACCAACAUGUACAGUUUAUCCAGACCAGUUGAGGCCAGUCUACCUAGAAGCAAGGUGACGGCAGCGCCAUCAGAUUUGGAGAGCAACAAUCCUGACCCUGUAGCAAAAGCAGAGCUGAACCUUCUGGCUCACCUGAUGGGUGGCAUCAAGGAAUCCAAGGCGGGGCAGAAGAGCGAGUUUAGACUCAACCUCUUCAGCACAGACGAAGAAGAAGAACAAGCAGCUGCAAUGAGACCACCAGACGAGUCCUACAAUGUUGUCAACAUUGAUGCUUCUAAGAAGCAACAAAGUGAAGAGCUUAGCAAGAUCAUGGGAGAUUUCCACAUUGAGUCUUCUGAAGCAAAUGCUGAUGACGACCUUCUAGAACUGAUGGACAGUGCAUAUUAACCCUUCAUUACUCUACUGGUGUCCUCAUGCACCACACUGGGACUGGUGCACUCUACAAAGUAACAAUCUCCUGAAAUAAUAUUCAAAUAAUCUCAAAGGAAAGGAUCCCGAAGCUUCUUCUCAUGUCGUCUGGGAAUAACUAAACAGACUGAGUUUGCUGAACACUUUUUAUUAUUAAAAGGUUACAUUUGAAAGGUUAGACUAUUUUUGAUUGACAGUUUUUAUCCUUGGUGUAUGAUUUCAUAAACAUGCCAUGCAUGGUUUGAUCACAGCAGUGCACAUAAAAAUAUUCAUGAUUGCUGCCUUUUCAUCCAAUGUAUUGUCAAAGAUCAAUAGGUAUGAUCAUUAUUCUAGAUAUUCUAGAGAGAGCAAAAACUAAUUACUUACAUUUUUGGAAUAAGAAUGUGAAUAUCAGUUGGAUGCAUUCCAUGCCCUAGGAGAUGCGUGUACGUCAAGAAAUUCCUGGUUUAUGUAGUUUGUAGUUUGAAUGGUAUUUUUUCAGUACAGAUCCGAGGAUAAUAUAUGUGUCAAUCACUUGGAGCUUGAAGUCUAGAAUAUGCAAAAUUGUUGCUGUGGUUUUGCAGCAGUCUAAUUGCACUGUUUGGUUAUAAGAACACAUGUGUAGGUAUACUCUUACAUGAUAGCAUUAUGUGCUACAUCUGCUGAUCUUAGCCUAAGGGGUAAAGAUAGUCUUUGUAGCACACUUUUUAGUCAGAUGAGUGGUGCAAGCCGUGGUGCCUUGCAUUAAAUGCAAGAAAAGAAUAAGAAAAAAUUUACUAUGAAAGAAUUGAAUGCACAAUACUCAAUAGUCUUAGUCUAUAUACAUGGACCAAAAUUAGAAGUUUGUGAAUAUAUGUGGACUAUUACUGUAACAACAAAUCUUUAUUCUAAAGCCUUUUAAAAUGCCCUUGAUUCUCACCUUCAAGGUAACAUUUUGUCCAUCACAUGGCAUUCUAUCCCUCAAAUUUCCAGAUUUAUUGAUACCUUGAUAUAUUGGAUUAUAAAUAUAUGAACUCCUUUGAACAUUUGUGAUGGAAGAUACCAAAAUACACAAAACGUAAAAAGGGCGUGACUUGAUAUUUGUGGGUAUACAUUUUUAUUUUUCAUUUCUUAAAACAGCCUGGCCAGGCCCCGGUUUGGAAAUGUGCCCCUAGCAUUACUAGGUUAGGCAGGUGGUACAUGUAAAUCUAGGGUGAAGUCAAACUGGUGUGUGCAGUAAUGUUGAUUCCAGUAAUGAUACUUAAUUCAUUGUAUUUGUGUCAAUUGAAUGAGUUUGUGACUAUCUGUCAAGGACAUGUGACAGUGGAAUAUGUUUUAAAACAGUAAAUGAAGGAGAGACUUAUGGAAUAAAGCUGAGAGGUGUAAAACUUUAUAGUAUGUGUGCUAUCGUAGCUCCCUCUUUUCUCAGCUCUACGAACAUGUUUAUUUACACACUGGAUAUGUUGUGUUUACUCUCAAUAUGAAAUUAUUUCACAUGUAUUAUGAGCAUUGCCUUUAGAGAUGCCUUUAAAACAUUCUCUCCAGUUACAAAAGAGACACCUGUUGUUUCAGAGAGGUACUGCAGUGCAUGAAUGGCUAGUAUGACGGAAUGCAAAUGCAUGCAAGUUUGUGAUGGUUGGCAGAUAGAAAAUGGAGAACACAGCUUUAGCAAAUAUUGUAACUACGGAUCAUGUUUUUCUAUGCAUUUUUUUUUAUUCAAUGUCUCUGAAUUCAAUUUCUAGAUUUAUUCAAUAGGUGUCUUACUGGUGCAACUACUGUAUGCCUGUUAUAUGUGAGCAACCGGUACAUGUUAGAUAGUUUUCAUGUUUGUAGUGUUUGGUUGUCUUUUUGAUAAGCUUCAUGUUUGAUAAUAUAUCGAAUAUACUUCUACUCUUCACUUCGUGUUGUAAUGUCCUUAAUACCACAUUUAUUUGAUUCCUUAGUUAUAAAAAUUGUCAGCACAUGUACUAUGUAUAUAUGACAGAAUACAGUGUAUAAUUGUUUUAUCUUCUACUUUGCAUAAGGUUCUAGAUUGGAUUUAUCUCAAUCCAUGCUUCUUGAUUAAACUGUGAUUGUGUAAUGUCAGUUCAAAUGAAAAGAAACUAAGAGAAAAAGAACUAAGGAAUCAGAUAGCUCAGCUAUAGUGUCCGAACAAUUUUAGCUAACGUUACAGCUUGUUUUAGUCAUAGAUAUCAAUUGCCCUUGUUUUAAGUUUGCGUUUUCCUCAAAAUGUGAUCAGAUGUAACAAAAUGGAAAGCUCAACUUCUCAGUCAUGUUGUGCAAUGCUUUUACAUUUUUGUUCGGGGAAAUAGUAAUUGCUUGCAUAGGGGGUAAGUUUGCCAGUCAAGAGAUUCUUCUUUUUUAAUGCACUUAGAUUUGAUAGCAUUGAUGUUACAUGAUUACACAUCACAUUUUUUUGAUAAUUUGGAGAUCAACUGUUUCUGUUGUGCGCCAAACUUCUCUGUUGACACAAUGUGAGCUGUAUAAAUACACUGCAAAGUGCAUUGGUGUGAAACCC